AUGGUCGACAACCCCAACCCCGGUAAUUUCCACAACCGUCCUCACGAAGAGGUCGAGCAGAUUGCUCGAAAGGGUGGACAGUCUAGCCACCACGGCGGAUUUGCCCAUAUGGAUAAGGAGAAGCAGAGGAACAUUGCCUCGAAAGGCGGUCAUGCUUCGCGUGGAAAAUUCGAGCCAGGAAGCGAGAGAGCCAAAGAAGCAGGCCGGAAAGGAGGUCAUGCUGUCCAUCAUCUUGACCAGCCUGAGGAAUAA